AUGGCAACAAAAGGAUUAAAUAUGGAUGAUUUAGAUCUUUUAUUAGCAGAUUUGGGAAGACCAAAGAGUUCAAUAAAAGUAACAGCAACUGUUCAAACAACCGCUACACCAUCAAGUGGUAAAAAUUUUGAUAAUAGUGAUAUUCAAAAUGAAAUUCAAUCAAUUAUUGAAGAAUUGGACCAACAACCACAAACCGUUCAAACCAUUAGUACACCAGCACCAAAAAAUCAUAAUACAACCACCACAACUGCAAGUUUCUCAGUUUCAUCACAACCAGCACCACAACCACCACAACAAUCACAACAAAUUGAUGGUUUGGAUGAUUUGGAUGAAUUGAUGGAAUCAUUGAAUACAUCAAUCUCAACUGCACUCAAAGCAGUACCAACCACACCAGAAGAACAUAUUACACAUGCCAAUUCAAAUUCACCACCACCAUCAUUACAUAAGAAUACAUCUUCAACCAAUUCUGCAUCUUCAUUAUCACGCCCAAAUAAUAAUCCAAGUGUUGUUUCAACACCACAACCAGGAAAAGUUACAUCAACUGCAACCAUUACCACUAAAAAACAACCAGCACUUUCAAAAGCAACUUUGGAAACAACUAGUGGUAAUAAUGUAUAUAGUUCACAACCAUCACAAUCACAACCACAACCAUAUAAAGUUACAGCAACUAAUUCACAACCAAGUAGUGAUGACCUUGAUGAAUUAUUAAAAGGUCUUAGUCCAUCCACCACUACUACCACUACUGUACCACCACCAGUUCAACGUGAUCAACAUCAACAUCAUCAUCAACAUCAACAUCAUCAUCAUCAUAAUCCAAAUCAUAAUCAAACUCAAACUGUAACAACACAAAUUAAUAUUGGUAGAACAAAUACUCCAAACAAUAACAAUAACAAUAAUACAAAUUCACCAAAAGUUGUACAUGGUGAUGAUUUAGAUAAUUUAUUAAAUAAUUUAACAUCACAAGUUAAAGAUAUUGAUUCAACAGGACCAACAUCACGUGGUACAUGUGGUGGUUGUCGUAAACCAAUCUUUGGUGAAACUAUUCAAGCAAUGGGUAAAUUCUAUCAUCCAGAACAUUUCUGUUGUCAUAAUUGUCAAAAUCCAUUGGGUACUAAAAACUAUUAUGAACAAGAAUCAUUACCACAUUGUGAAAAAUGUUAUCAAGAAUUGUUUUGUGCACGUUGCGCUCAUUGUGAUGAACCAAUCUCUGAUCGUUGUAUCACUGCUUUGGGUAAGAAAUGGCAUGUACACCACUUUGUUUGCACUCAAUGUUUGAAACCAUUUGAAGGUGGUAAUUUUUUCGAACGUGAUGGUCGUCCAUAUUGUGAGGCCGAUUUCUAUUCAACAUUUGCCGUUCGUUGUGGUGGUUGCAAUUCUCCAAUUCGUGGUGAAUGUAUCAAUGCUUUGGGUACUCAAUGGCAUCCAGAACAUUUUGUUUGCCAAUAUUGUCAAAAGAGUUUCACAAAUGGUCAAUUCUUUGAAUUUGGUGGUAAACCAUAUUGUGAUGUCCAUUAUCAUCAACAAGCUGGCUCAGUUUGUUCUGGCUGUGGAAAAGCUGUCUCUGGUCGUUGUGUAGAUGCUCUUGAUAAAAAAUGGCAUCCAGAACAUUUUGUUUGCGCUUUCUGUAUGAAUCCAUUAGCUGGUGGUUCUUAUACCGCUAAUAAUGGUAAACCAUAUUGUAAAGGUUGUCAUAAUAAAUUAUUUGCUUAA